AGAAAAUUUCCUUCUCUGUGACAAGAAGCUGAUUGUUUUGUUUACCUUACGAUUGGACCAGUUCCUACAAAGUUACUCACAACUUCCUGCAUCAAAUAAUUCUUCCCGGGAAGCUGAGUUUUCUCUUGUUCGAAACGAAUUCUCCUUGAGGGUUAAAUUUUGGCUGGUCAUGCGUUUCAAGGUUUCCUAAAUCUAGAACGUGACACUCGGCGUUCCGGUGUUCUCGCGCAUUUUCAUAUCAACUCAUUUUUAGAAGCUUACGUUUUCGAUUUCCACUUUGAUUCCAGCGAAAUUCGAAGGGUAAAUUCCGGAUAUUAAGAACAUCCGUGUAAGAACUAGAUGGAAGCUAAAACGCCGCUGGAAGUUUUCAACCAGUGUGGCAAAUCGAUUUUCCGGCGGUAAGAGCGUUUUGCUUCGCAAAAAGACUAAGACGCUGGAACUCUAGGAAUAACUUUACUUUGCACAUUACGUCAGAAACGUUUUCUUGGCUUGAAGAGUGGAUUUGAAAACUUGCUGGGGACUUUCGAGGCUAACCACGAGACAUGGUUUUCUCGUGAUGAAAUAAGAGAGCUGACAGACCUUUGGACAAUGGAACAACGAUGACAUGACAGUUCACUGAACAGAGAUGGAAAUUGACGGAAGAAAUUUGUCUUGUAAACGACAGAGGUCAGUUAAUUAUUUUCUGUAAAAGGAAAAACUCUCUUCUGACGAUUCUUUCUUUCUUAAAGGAUAUUUAUUUUUAAUGUAGCAAAUAAUUGGCCGAUGGUUUAUACUGUAUAAUUUUAGUUUUAGCUAUUGUGCAUUCUUAGCAUACAUCCGCAGUAACCACAGUAAUGAAUCCUAGAGUUAUUUUACUUAACCCGUAAAAUAAGUAUAAGAAUACUAAACACUAUUAUGCACUAAUUCCAUUGACUUCCUUUGUUUUCUUGUGGCCAUUUUCACUAGUUGUUAGUAUCUGUUUCACGGGAUAAGUAAAUCACUCUAGAGCAACGAUAGUUUACUUCUGAUAUAGAAGUGAUACUCCAUUUUUUCUCAAACGAGUGUGAGAUUAAAGAGCUAGUAUUUAAUUUAAUGUUUUACAUAAUCAACCUUAUAGAUUAUAUACAUAAAUCCAUAACUUUCAUAACAAUUGCACUGGCAGCUUUUAGUUUUACAGUCGACAGAUUUCGUAAUAAAAACUUUUGAUUGGUCUGUGCAAGUUAACACAUCUUUAACUUUUGUAGGUGUAUCAUCUUAAUUUUGUUUUGUUUUUGUUUUUGAUUUAUCAGUGAAGUUGCUAUGACUUUUUUCCUAGUGUUUAAGUUAAGCUUUGUUAAACAAUAAUAUUGGUCGGAUGUAUAUACAUCUACACAUAUAUCAUCGGUAAUUUGUCUAAGUCAUCAUGCAGUGAUAUUAUAUUGUGAAUGUUGUGUAUAAUUUUUAUAUUGUACCAUACCUGUCACUUUGGAGGUUACUUUGCAUCUGCAUGUAGGCAUGAGUGUAUAUGUUACAGAUCAAAAUAAUUAUAUAUUAGUAAAGGUAAAAAAAAAUUAAUCUAGGUUGAUUCUCAAUUUUCUUUGUCUCUUAGCCCUAAUUAUCCAUAGAAAAUAGAGUCAAUCAACCUAGGUUGAAAACUUUAUCCCUGAAAUUAUUUAAUUUUGACCUGUUACAUAAACAUAUCGUAAAAGAAUCUUAAAAUGCAGACAGGAGUGUAUUAAAGUUCUUAGGAAAAGGCUGUUCAUAGGAUACAACCUGUAUUGCAUAUAGAUUUCUGUGUAUCAAGACAGUGACAGUGAAGUUUACAAUUCUUAGAAAAGCAGAGAGUCAUUUGCUAAAUAUGGUAAUCAUUACAAUAAUCAUUAACCAUGAAACUGAAAGAAAGUAUCAGAAAAAUUACCAUGGUUAUUUUCUAAAAUGAUGAUAUUGAAAUAAUCUCCCCGUAAAGGAAUACAUUGUAUCAAAGGCUGGGUUCUAGAAUCAUUUGCGAUAAAUUAACAGUAAAACGGAAUUUAUGAUUUAAUGCCAAGGUGCCUUAAUGACAAAACGUUAUAAACUUGAUUCAAAACAUAUACAUUACUUUGUGCUAAACUUUUAUUCAUUUUUUAUGUCAACAGAUUUAGAUAUUAAGCUUUCUUGAGAAGUCCAAACCAAGUCUACAUUAUGUCAACCCCAAAGACUUCUAUUACCAAUCAUUAUUUGUUGGAAUCCGAACUUUCGCCGAAAGUUAAUAUUGCCAUGUCUACAGAAGAAAUGCCUGCCAAUGGGAAUGCAUAUAACUCGGAGCAGGUAAGAAGGAUAAUAAGAGAUAAAAUGUCCAGGUUUUUUACUACAUUUUUACAGUGUUUUAACUACAACUGUACUGUAACAUAUUUUUGGGAUUAAUUCUUAACUCUUGUGCUUUCCUUGAAUUUUCAUGAAAAAAAAAACAGCACUGUGGUGUGCAUAUGAAGUUGGGUACAUGUAUGUAUGGAUGCAUAUUGCUUAAUAUAAAUUGUUGCAGUAGAACUACCUAUUUAAAAAUAACUUAUUAAUAACUGUGACAUAAUAUUGGUGCAGUAUUGAUCCUGAACAAAUAAGUUUAAAAAAUUCAAAAUUGUGACCUCUCACACAAAAACGUGCCUAAAGGCUUUCCGUUUACAAGCUGUUUGUCAAUUGUUCGAAUAGCUUGGUCACCCAUUUGCUAGAAACAUCAACCCGUUCGAACUGCUUCAUCACCCGCUCAUUAAAAACAUCAAACCGUUCGAACAACUUAGUCAUCUGUUCGUUGAAGGCAUCAGGCCGUUUGAACGACUUGGUCGUCCAUAUACUAUUAUGGCAUCCCUUUGAAUUUUCUGUCAAAUGACAUGGAAGACGAGUAACGCUAUCCAUUCAAAGUAUUUCACUCGUUCAAGUGGUCAGUUAAUUCAGUGUUAAAAAGAUCUAUUAGACCUCAUUGACACAAGUUUGUCGGCUUUAAACUCUUAUUUUGGCCUUAUUAAAAUAACGCGCUUACACUAGUGAUCGUGCAGUAGAUGUUUUUUUUUCUCCAGAGGUAGCAAACUUAUGAGCUUUUCGGUGUAGACGAUUCCUUAUCAGACAAAAAAUCUAAGCUAAAGACAUCAUAUGUAAACAAAGCAUUUCAAAAGAAACCCUCCAAACACUUUUGCUUUCCGCAUGUAUACAUUACAAACGAAAUAUUUUUUGUCAACAACUUGUUCUACAUAAAGAAAUAAAAUUGGACAGUUCAGACAAUUCGGCGUUCGUAGAGGUCCAAAUAGUCUGCUACUUAGCUUCGGCAUACCAAUUAGGUCUUUGUGGAUAUAUGAUCAAUAUUGUUACUCUUUGACAACGUAAAAGUUACGCUUUUGGUUUCGUAUGUGUUUUCCAAAUUAAAUUUUUUUUUUUUAAAUAGCCUAAUAUAUAUAAUAAUGCUAAGAUAAUGCUAUAGUAAUGCCAAGAUUCAAGUAUUUAAAAUACUCAAAUGAGCAUUACAUGAGGGAAAUAUUUGAAAAAUAUGUAUUGAAGUUAAAAAUGCAUUCAGUUAAAUGGAACCAAAAUUGUAUAAUCGUAAAAAAAUAUAAUACAUUUGUGAUAUACAUACAAACUAAGCAAUAAAAGCACCAGUAUUAAUAAAAAAACAUCAAAUCAUCGCACCAUGAUAUAGUAUUUGACUUUCUUUGAUCUUAGCUUUGUGCCAACUGGUUUUUAUUAAUUAUUGAAUUUAUUAUUAAAAACUUGGCACAAGGGUUAAGGAAAGGCAAAUACAUGUAUGAUGGUACAAUGUAUUAAUUUGCUGCCACAGUAUGGGCUCAAAGUUGCAGCUCAAUCUUGCUGGCUUUAAUUGUUAGUGAUGAGGGACAGGACUAGUUAGUAAAAAUUCAAGCUUAGAUCUAGUUGUUUUUUUUUUUUGUAAACAUGCAAUAGAAAACAGUAUGCUAGAAAAUUAAACCUUUGAGCAGCGCAAUAUUCUUUUUGCAUUUUUAAUUUGUAGGUUGAUGAAAAUAAUUAGGAAAUUGUUAUGCCUACUGUUAAUGCAUACAAGUUUAAUGAAAACUGUCUAGUAACAUUUAUUGCUGAAUUUCAGGCUGUUUCACAUGGAAUUCUCACCUUAUUUAAAGAAAGAGUGCACUACAUACCAGUAGUGUUUACAUUUUAAUCAACACAUUCGUUUUGUUACAUUUAUUGCAGAUAAACAAAUUUGUUGCUUAACAAUAUUAAUCGUGACAGCCGAUGCAAAAAAAAUUUUAAAAUGCUCCAAAAUUCAAUAAUUUAUUGCUAUUGGUACAUGUCACUCUCUGUUCCUGCUGAAUGGAAGACUUCAUCAGCACAAAGGUAGAAGAAGUUUAUUUGAAUCAGGUUUCAGUGUUGUUAACAUUUCCAAGACAAAUUUAGACCCUUUCUCGGUUUUUUCAACGUUUGGCUGGGACCAGCUGGCGAAAAUCCAUCAGUGUAGAUGCCUGGAUAAUCGCCUUCUAUAAUUUUUUUGAUAAAAACUUCAAAAAAACAUGAUGGGGUUUAUUUCAUUGUGAAGUUGAAUCCUUUUUAACUCAAACUUAAAAUAAUACUUUUUGUCAGUCUUCAGAAGAAGAUGAGGUUGAUGCUACUGAAUUGAAGAAGUUUGAUGCAGCUUUAUUUGAUAUCCAGAAGGUUCCACCAGGGCAAUUUGCUGUAAGUAUUAAUUGUCAAGGUUUUUAGUUCAGUUGCUGAUUUCUAAACAAAAUGACCAAUAAGUAAUUAUUAAUCUUUGAAGGGUAGUAAUACUAAUAUUGUCCCGUGUGCUUUGUUAUUGACUGCUAAAUUUUCCUUCCAAAUUGUUUUGUAUUAAACGUGCAUGUGAAACGGAUUAUUUAGAAUUUGACAUUACAUACAUUAAGAUUCGUUCUCUGACUCUAAACAUCUCUUCAGUUGAAGGGGUGUGCAUGGGGUUUGGGUAUUUUAAGACCAUUAGCAUCUUAUUUGUCUAAUAUAAAAAUCUCCCUUUGUAUUGACAUGGAUGUCCAAGGCAAUGAUUAAUUUAAAAGAAGAAUCUCAACAUAUAUCAAAAGUUGCUUGCUUUGUUAAGGGCUUCUAUUCUUUUUGUUAUCAGUAUGUAACUCAGUUUUAAGAAUUAAAGAGAAAUUUAUUUUUAUUUUAAGCCUGUAGGAUUAAUUUGACUCAGAUAACAGACGAGUAAAUUCCGUUUAUCAGGUACUUCACAAAGUUCUAAUUCACUCAGCAGAAGUUUGAUUUGUUGUCCUUCUUUUUCAUUUUUCUCUUACAGCAACAGCUCACUAUCUUAGAUCUGGCUGUGUUCAAGUCAAUUCAACCAGAUGUAAGUAUCAGAUCAGGUUCUCCAUACCUGGGCACAGGAUUUUGCCUGGCUAUACAAAAUGUGCAGUGACUCCUUCAGUAGAAAUCCAAGAAUAAAGUGACAGCACUGAUACUGCCAUAAGCACACAAUAUUUUAAGCAAUUUACUAUGCGUGUGCAAAGCUAAUGAGACAGUUUUCUUACACAAACACAAACUUUACCAUUUUUAAUGAGCAUCAAAGAUGUGAAGAUGGUAAGAAAUUUUUGGUGCCAGUUAAAAAAGGAAAUUCUUGACUUAUUUAGGACAUGUUUUACAUGCACUUGUACAAAAGACAUGACAUCUUUUUUUUCUUUUCGGUAACUAUUUAAAUGGUACUUAAAUCAGCGGGGAUGAUACUUGAAAGCAGGAACUGAAGGCCUCUCGCAGUAAUCUUUUAAUAUAGAUAAGCUUUCAAUUUGAGAUAAUUAAUUCUAAUUUGAAUUUAUUUUUAGGAGUUAUCAGGCUGUGGUUGGACAAAGAAACUUAAGUAUGAACUUGCACCAAAUGUGGUAGCCUUCACUAAGAGAUUUAAUCAUGUAAGUUGUCGAAAUUGAUGUUUUACAUUGUACUUUAAAAUGAAUUUUAGGUGGAAUAAGGUAGACCUAAACUAGUUUUAUUUUGAUUUUUUCCGUGAUUAAAGUUGUUCAGAAUUAUUUUAUUUGUUACUAAUGAACAGUAUUUUGCCAAUGACUUAGAGAUAUUUUUAUCCAGGUGAAGAUUUAACCCCUUGCUUGAGUUAUAGAUGUCAUGAAAGUGAUGAUGUUAGUGCAAAAAAUUAUGAUAACCCUCAAAACAAAACCCCGGAAGGGGGAAGAUUUCACACUUUUUGUUACAUUAAUUUGCUGUAUGGUCACUGCAUUUUUUAAUAAUGCAAUGUUUAUGGAGGACACCAACAUAUGGUAGCCAAUAUUAUUUUUCUCUUUCUUAAGAUUAAAAGCAAGAUUAAUUUAUGUGACUCCUCAGAUUGAUUGAUUGAAUAGUAUAAAUUAAUGUUCAGGGCUGUCAUUAAGUUUUGAAGCAGCCGUUGCGAAAGAAGAUUCACCCAUAACAUCUCACGAAUAUGUAUAGUGCCACCUUAAGCUUUCCACUUUGAUCACAGGCUAGUGUAACAUCAAGUGAGUUCAGCUGUAACAGGUGUUAUGGGUUACCGCCCUUAAUGACAGCUCUGAUGUUAAUACAAUAUUGGAGCAACACAUUGUUCAAUCUUAAAAUUUAUAUCCCUCUGUUGAAUAGGUAAGCUUCUGGGUUGUCAGAGAAAUCCUUAAUGCCAACACACCAAAGAUCAGAGCUGCAGUUUUGACUCAUUUUAUUAAGAUUGCUAAGGUAAACUAUGAGUGUAUAUAGUUAUGUAGGUAUGUUGAUGACGAUGAUGAUAGCUAUGACAAUAAAUGAUGAUGAUGAUGAUGAUGGUGGUGGUGAUAAUGGUGAUACUAACGAUAAUGGUAACAGCAAAAGUGUUGCUGAUGAUCAUGAUAUAUGGUGUUGAUAUGUGGUAUUGAUAUGGUGAUGGCUGUAUGAUGGUAAUCACGAAAAUGAUUGCGUUGUUGAUGAUGAUGAUGAUUGUGNUCCCUCUGUUGAAUAGGUAAGCUUCUGGGUUGUCAGAGAAAUCCUUAAUGCCAACACACCAAAGAUCAGAGCUGCAGUUUUGACUCAUUUUAUUAAGAUUGCUAAGGUAAACUAUGAGUGUAUAUAGUUAUUUAGGUAUGUUGAUGACGAUGAUGAUAGCUAUGACGAUAAAUGAUGAUGGUGACAAUGAUGAUGAUGAUGGUGAUAAUGGUGAUACUAACGAUAAUGGUAACGGCAAAAGUGAUGCUGAUGAUCAUGAUAUAUGGUAUUGAUAUGUGGUGUUGAUAUAUGGUGAUGGCUGUAUGAUGGUAAUCAUGAAAAUGAUUGCGUUGUUGAUGAUGAUCAUUGUGGUAGUGAUGAUGAUGGUGUUGAUGUUGGCUAUGAUGACUGGGAAUAGUAAUGUUGAUGAUGGUGAUGGCGGUGAUGAUGAUAAUGACAGUGAUGCAAUGAUGGUGAUGUUGAUUGUGGUGAUGAUGGGAAUGAUGUUGAUAUUGAUGAAAGAUCAAGUGAUAAUACACUGUCAUUGUAAUGGAGAAGAAAGGUGAAAAAGAAUAUUCUCAGAUUCUUUUAAUAAGUUGUCAGUUUUUACCAUCUACAGCCUUUGCAUUAUUUAUCUCUCAGAAACUACUGGAAAUAAAUAACCUUCAUUCUCUCAAAGCUGUAAUAUCUGGUCUCCAAAGUGCUCCUGUCUUCAGGCUUGACAAAACUUGGGCAGUAAGUAUAAUAAAUCUCAGCUGUCUAGACAGUGUAGUUAUUACACAAACUAAUCUUUUAUGUAAUAUAUCAUGUAACUGAUUAGUGCCAGUACUUAGGAAGUAUCCCCAGUUAGCAAACUGUUAAGCUAAACACAUUGACACUAAAAUAAAGUUAUUAUUUAUUUAUUAUUUAAAUACGUGAUCUGUUCAUUGCACUUAUUAAAAACCAAUAAAAACAAAUUGCUUUAGUGUUAGUUUUAGCGGUCUUACUGAUUACACAACAAGGAAAACUUAAUAGGAUAGCAUUCGUGGUGAGUUCCAAGAACCAGAAUUCGAGUUAUCGAGGUAAAUUUUAAUCAAGGAAAACGAAAUUUAUUUUGAGUUAGUGGGGAAUUUGAGUUAUCUGAGUUCAAAUUACCAGGGCCCUACUGCAUUCAUGAAUUGUUCAUCUCUUUCUUUGUGCAUUGCAGUUGCUCCAAAGGAAAGAUCGUGCAGUGUUCGAUAAGUUGGCAGAUUUUCUUUCAGAAGAAGAGAACAAGUGAGUAGUAGCUUAAGUAGUAUUUUUAAAUUACCUAGUCAUUAUUUAUUAUUGCAAUACUGUAAAUCCUAGUCAUUAUCUCCCCUACCUCCUUCCUCAGUUAUAGCCCCAUCUGCUCAUUAAUCCCCCCCACCCCCCCUGUGGCCCUUGCCUCUGUUGAUAACCCUUGAGACGUGGUUGACAGUUUCACAACAUGUCAUGCAGGGUGCAAAGAAAGUCAGUUUUACAGCCUGCUUCCAGAUGGUAAGCUGUUGCUAGCGUUUAGUAGCCCACAAGUCAUUUCAACUGGCCCCAAAACCCCUUUUGAUUAGUAGGAUUGAUUACAAUCCUUCUGUAAUUUGAAUUUCCCCAAAAAACAGAACUUUCCUGUCGGGCAAGUUAAGAAAAAAAUCACUAGCCUGAUAGCAAAAUCCACUAGCCCCAGGCUAUCGGACACGACUUUCUUUACACACUGUCAUGUUUGUAGAAUUUAAGUCUGUAUUCAGGUUACACUCUGAGAAACAUGCUAUUAAAUCUUGUUUUUUUGUUCAUUCUAGGAAAAACCUGAGGGAAUAUUUAAGUUCAGUUAAACUGCCUUGUAUUCCGUACAUGGGUAAGUGAAAAGACGGACCACCUCAUCAACUGCAGACUUGUUAGUAAAAAGAUUUUUCACCUGGGACUAAAAUUUUUUUUUUAAGACUCAGUGAAUUUUACAGCUAACCACUUGACGCGUGGUCUGAUAUCUUUGAUCGCUGAUUAUACUACACCAUUCAGACUAUUAUAACUUAGAAACUGCAAGCAGUAGAUUCUCUUUGUGGAAGAGACAUGGUCAAAGAAAUUGAUGACUUCUGUGGAAAUGUAACCUUUAACAAUUUUUUUCCAGUAACGUAGUAGUAAACUUAUUGCGUGUAUUUUUUAACAGGCAUGUACCUGACAGAUUUAACUUACAUUGACACAAUUCAUCCAAACACUGGAGGGCUGGAUGAUGCAAGAACUCGUAAGGUAAAACAAAGGAAUAAAGAAAUCAUUUUGCUGUUCAGUGGUAGUUAAAUCAUUGUUCUCGGUUUUGUUUUUGUCUUUCAGAUGAAUAAUGUUAUUCGACUAAUAUCCGAGUUCCAGCAGUCGGAUUAUGGUAAGGCUUCAAAUUCUCGGUUUUUGGUUUCUGUAAAUCAUAAAUACGCAAACUCUAGCCUCCCACACAGACAUUCAUAGGGCUUUGUAUCGUAUUCCUUCCCCAAGGAAUGAAUCUUUUUUGAGUGUUUCAAUCGUCUCUGCUAUAUUCCAGCUCCAUACGAGCUUUGUGCUACCCAGCUUAUGCUAGUUCCUGUUAUUGAUCUUUUCUCUCUUUUUGUUUCAGAAAAUCUCGAGCCAUCAGCUAACAUUCAAAGUUACCUAAGCUCUGUCAACUACAUUGAGGAACUGCAGAAGUUUGUGGAAGAUGACAACUACAAGUAAGAAAUAAUAAGAUCAAAGAUGGCUCAACUUGACCGACACUUCGUAAAUAGAGUGGGAAUAGGCACAGGCUUUUGACACAAGGAUUUCUGGGAUCAUUUGGGUGAACAAGCAUUACUUAUGAUUAGAAUUAUAUGGAAUUUAGAAUUUGUAAAUGAAUAGUUUUUUCUAUCUUCACUUAUAAUAUAUAGGAUUGUUUUUGUUCUCUAAUGAAGGACGAGGGGUUUCUUUUGUAACGGAUGGAAUUGUAGAUAGUGUUUUUGAUGAAUUACCCCCCCCCCCCCCCCCGCCUGUGGCCCUUGCCUCUGUUGAUAACCCUUGAGACAUGGUUGACAGUUUCACAACAUGUCAUGCAGGGUGCAAAGAAAGUCAGUUUUACAGCCUGCUUUCAGAUGGUAAGCUGUUGCUAGCGUUUAGUAGCCCACAAGUCAUUUCAACUGGCCCCAAAACCCCUUUUGAUUAGCAGGAUUGAUUACAAUCCUUCUGUAAUUUGAAUUUCCCCAAACAACAGCACUUGCCUGUCGGGCAAGUUAAGAAAAAAAAUCACCAGCCUGAUAGCAAAAUCCACUAGCCCCAGGCUAUCGGACACGACUUUCUUUACACGCUGUCAUGUUUGUAGAAUUUAAGUCUGUAUUCAGGGUACACUUCGAGAAAUAUGCUAUUAAACCUUGUUUUGUUGUUCAUUCUAGGAAAAACCUGAGGGAAUAUUUAAGUUCAGUUAAACUGCCUUGUAUUCCGUACAUGGGUAAGUAAAAAGACGGACCACCUCAUCAACUGCAGACUUGUUAGUAAAAAAGAUUUUUCACCUGGGACUAAAAUUUUUUUUUUAAGACUCAGUGAAUUGUACAGCUAACCACUUGAUGCGUGGUCUGAUAUCUUUGAUCGCUGAUUGUACUACACCAUUCAGACUAUUAUAACUUAGAAACUGCAAGCAGUAGAUUCUCUUCGUGGAAGAGACAUGGUCAAAGAAAUUGAUGACUUUUGUGGAAAUGUAACCGUUAACAAUUUUUUUCCAGUAACGUAGUAGUAAACUUAUUGCGUGUCUUUUUCAACAGGCAUGUACCUGACAGAUUUAACUUACAUUGACACAAUUCAUCCAAACACUGGAGGGCUGGAUGAUGCAAGAACUCGUAAGGUAAAACGAAGGAAUAAAGAAAUCAUUUUGCAGUUCAAUGGUAGUUAAAUCAAUGUUCUCCGUUUUGUUUUUGUCUUUUAGAUGAAUAAUGUUAUUCGACUAAUAUCCGAGUUCCAGCAGUCGGAUUAUGGUAAGGCUUCAAAUUCUCGGUUUUUGGUUUCUGUAAAUCAUAAAUACGCAAACUCUAGCCUCCCACGCAGACAUUCAUAGGGCUUUGUCACAUAUUCCUUCCCCAAGGAAUGAAUCUUUUAUGAGUGUUUCAAUCGUCUCUGCUGUAUUCCAACUCCAUACAAGCUUUGUGCCACCAAGCUUAUGCUGGUUCCUGUUAUUGAUCUUUUCUCUCUAUUUGUUUCAGAAAAUCUCGAGCCAUCAGCUAACAUUCAAAGUUACCUAAGCUCUGUCAACUACAUUGAGGAACUGCAGAAGUUUGUGGAGGAUGACAACUACAAGUGAGAAAUAUUAAGAUCAAAGAUGGUUCAACUUGACCAACACUUCGUAAAUAGAGGGGGAAUGGGCACAAACGUUUGACACAAGGAUUUCUGGGAUCAUUUGGGUGGACAAGCGUUACUUAUGAUUGGUCAAUGGUAUCCAAAGGCAACCGUUAACCAAUCAUUGCUUUCAUUGUUCAUGCAAAUGAGCCUAGAAAUCUUUGCAUAAACUGAUUGUAACCAUUCUCCGCGGAGUUUAUCAAAUGAUGAUGAAACGCCUGUCACAAGAGAACUGCUGUUUUGCCCGCAUACUACUUUUUAAAGCCGUUUUCUGGCCACAAUAUAGUCAAAAUAUACAAUGUUUUUCAUAACUUUUUGUGCAACCAGACAACUACAUGUAUACUUCCUUUCCUGCUCUGUACAAAUGCAGAUGCAAUCUUGUCUACACUAACUCAUCCUUGCAUUAUCAGAGGAAAAACUUCAUGAAUUUGGUCAAUAUGCUCUUAACUUUAAUGUUUGCAGUGACUGGCAGAGAAAUAUUGACUUUUUUGAUUGUAUGAAUUUUUCUAUCCAGAUUGUCCCUUCGAAUUGAGCCUAAGGACAGCAGUUCUAACUUGAAUUCCAAGGCUUCCAAGUCAAGGGAGAGUAUAAGUGGUAAGAAAGAAUGAAACCAAUCAAUCGGCAUCAAUCUAUUGUGUUACAUAACCAUGGAAACGUCAAAAUUAUAAUAAUAAUCAAAUAAUAAUCAGUUUAUUAAACCCUUUUGAUAGUGUAUAACACUAAAUUACAAGGGAGGUCAAGAAUACGCAGAACACAUAAGUACACGUGGCACAGAAGGCAAAAACAAUUAAAUCCUAUUGUAACUGUGGGUAACAAAAUUACUAAGGCGGUCCGUUCUGACAAAGCGGAAUUCAGAACGAGAAAAACCCGACCUCAACCCGUACCCAUGAGCGACAUUCGUGGGCUGCGGCAGCAGGUGUGAAAGGAACCCGGACUCCGGUAAAUUCAAAGGUACCGACCAUGACAGCUACGGAGAUGUUUACUUCGCGUUUUAGUCCAGUGAGAAACUAACCAAUCAAAAGGGUGGCUAUUAAAUUUCCCUCGAAAAAGACUCACGGCGGGCUGCUUUUAGCGCGGGAAACAAACUCACUGCAACCCCUUUACCCGUUUACGAAAACACCACCGUGAUGAGAAAUGUACCGUGGGAGGAAGCUAUGAUUGUAUUGUCACGGUACAGGUCUGUGCUGUCGUGGUUUAAGAAAAAAAUAUUUGAGGGAUGGAGAGGGAUGAAACUUUGAUUUGUCCUAGUUUAGGAGAGUAUGGCCAAUGUUGUUCAAAUUAUAAAUUGGAAGUGGAGCUCUUUUUGUCAUGAUUAUUUAUACAUCCAUAAACACUUCCAAUUUACAGAUGUGCCCAGAAGUUCGCCUUUUCCAUCUCGUCCUAAAUUUGUUCCAGGCCACAGGAAAUCUGCCAGCCUCGGAGCAAGGUAGGUUUGCUGUUUCGAGCUGGGAUGUCACCUCCCCCCCACUCCCUUUUUUUUUUUUCCUGAAGUGAAGUGAUUUUGCGCGGCUUCUCCACUCGUUGCUACGGCAACAAGCGAAGGAUUUGAAGCAUCUCGCUGUACGCGAGAAAAAUUCUCUGGUAUCCAGGGUAGGUCCAUAGCAGCUUCUAUUUUAAAGCAAAUUUGAAUUGUUCGCCAUCUCGGGAUGUAGGUCGGAAAAAUUGGUGUUAUUUUUAUUACUGUUGGUAUUUUUCCAAAAGUAAACAUAGGGGAAGGUUAAAGAGAAAACGUGUUUUUAAGCUAGUCUAAUGAUUCGUUUACCCCUUUACCACAAAAAGAAGAGAAUAAAAAUAAACCAAAUGUAUAUCCCGUAAACUACAAAAUAAUUAUGCCAAUUCACCGUGGGGUACCUGCUUCCAAAAGCCUGGUAUUGCAAACUUCAUAAAUAUUGUCCAUCUUUAUAUUUUAGUGUAGUGAUGUUUGGUGACCUCUCGUCGACGGAGUCUUUGAGGUAAGAUACUUUGCAACAAGCAGAGCAGUACUAAUAUAGCAAAGAUGGCCCUUAAACAAGCUGUUCGGUGUUGUGUCAAAUUGCAUAAUUGAAUGGUUUGGAUGCGCUGUCUCUCCUUUCAUUGGCUAUUCUGACGUUACGCAAGAAUUUUGGGCUAAAUUCGUCUUUCAAAAUAGACCCAUCGUCCAAUUCAACAUAACCCUGACUCAUGUAAAGUUUUCUUGUACAGGAACAUGUAACUGGUGCUUAGAAAGUUGUUUUCAUCCUUAAAUUUAAGAUCGAGUUAUGACAACUUAACAAUACGGAGAUAAAAAGAACGUAGGGGGCACGCCAUAAUACAGUGCUGAAUUCUACCAACUUUUAUAUAAGUACCUUCCGACGUAGCGCUUAAAAUUGACUAUGGAUUUUGAACAGAUAUUUGAGUACAAAUGAGACGAAUGAAAUAAAGGUUUUCUGAAAACUCCUGUCGAGAAUUAAAAUUUUAAUCCUGGAAUAGCCAGUAUCGGCCUGCUUCAGUGUGCCAAUGAAACAACUUAUAUUAUGACGGCACGAGGGACUAAAGUGGGAGGGACCUCUAUUUAUCAAAAUCUUAUUUCUAACCAUAGCUAUUCGGCGACACUUCUCUUUCACGACUGUAAGUCUCAUUUUCGUUGGUUUGCAGUUACAGUGUAGCGAGUAGUAAUGGGUCACGCAAUCUUUUGGACGACAGCAUGGUUAUUGAUGAAAGAAAGGCCUCUCUUGGUGAGUACCUUUAGGCAAGCUUUAAGAAAAUUACGAUCAUUACUAAGGCCCACAUAGAGAGGAUUUGUCAUGUAACUAAACAAAGGCCCGGUUCUGGCGCCGAACUUUUCAUGAGCCGAACCUAAUACAUUAAAUGAAGUACGUGAAAAGUUCGGCGUCUGAAUCAAUUAGGGGCGCCUGUUUCAAUUUGGAACGGCUCAGCCGUUCUUUUCGCCUGGCCCAGGCCGGGAAUUUCGCCUUUGGAGCGACUUUUGAACGGCUUUGAUUCAGACGCCGAACUUUUCAUGUACCGAACUUAAUGCAUAAAUUAUGAUAACGUAUUUUGUAAGCAGCUUGACGGAAAUGAGCAUUUUUCGCCUUUUGAACUUAGUUCAGCUGCAAUUAAGAUCGGCGUCUGAAUCAAUUUAGCCGGUCUAAAUAAUUGGGGUCGGCCUUAAUUCGAAUUACGUUCGGCUCAUGAAAAGUACAGCGUCUGAACCGGGCCUAAGUCUUUUUGCACUUUGUUCUUGUCCCCAGGAAAUCUGACGAGAUCAGACUCGACUAUUGACAGGCACAGGUAAAUUUCGUUUUAUUACCGUGCAACUUUUCAGUUACGCUCUUACGGUAAACUGUGGGCAUCACUGUUUAGUUUAGCCUGCACCUCAGCCGAAACUAAACCUCUGUUCGGGGUUAGUUCACAUCUGUAACGCUGGCUUUGUUUCUUAAACAGCCACCUGAGUUUUUUAAAAGGAGGCUUUUCAAGAGAGAAGUUAGCUGUUUAGAAACGAAGGUUGCUAAUUAAGGGAAAGGGCUCGGUGUGGGGACGCUUUUAAAGCUUAUAUAAGUUCUUAUUCAUGGAAGUACAAUUAAACAUUACAUGUUUUACUUCAUUGUUGAUUCGCUUGUACGAUUUUCUAGUUAUUUUUCACUUCCUAAUUUAAUAUUUCUCCUUUCAGAGCCUUUUUUCGAGUGCUUGAUUUAUUUCUCUCCCACUCUCUUUUUCUAUAUAGUAUCGUCAGCGAUGCUAGUAGCACAGAGUUAGGCCAGUAUUCACCUGAACACGACUUUGUUGUCGAAGGUAAUCAGUUGACUCAAACCUUAAUGUAAAUAUAUCUCUUUUUUGGCAAACAUAACCAACUUUAAUGCGCAUGUGAAGUCUCAGGGUAUGUGUGCUACAUUAAAAAAACUGGAAAAUUAUUGAACAUUGCGAUUUCACCUUUUAUUAAGAUCUAAGAAAAUUUGUAAUUAUGCAGUUACCUGGAAGUGUUAGCGAAAAUAAGGCACGUUUUUAUGGUAGUAUGAACAUCACUUCUUUUGUGAGGGUCAUAAAAAACCUGAAAUGAAUUUGUCCCAUAGAAAAUAAGAACAGGAAAGGUGACUUGUUUUUCAUCUCAUCCUGUAAAACCUUCGGGAAUUGUAACUACUAUCAAACCUCGCUUCACAGACAUGCACCUCAUUAUUACGGACAGUUUGCUUUGCUUUCCCUGGGGAAAGAAACCCCUACAUUUCUCUAAAUUCAACCCGCUUAAGGCCUGUUUGCAUGGAGGUGGGGGACCCCAGGUAGGUGAGGUAACCCGCUUAGGUGGGGUAACCCGCCUGUUUGUAUAAUUUCUUAUUUUAGUUUUAUCACGUUUACAUGGUAGGUGGGGUGACCCACCACAUGUUAACUCACCUACCUGGGGUCCCCCACCUCUAUGUAAACAGGCCCUUAAUACGGACACUUUCCAAGGCCCCCUUGUGUCCCGUAUUAACGGAGUUUGACUCGGUAUCUUGGAAUUUUUCUUUAGGGUUCGUCAAAAGAAAGAAAAUAUUAAAAGAAGGAAAAAAGCUGGCGGUGAGUUGGUAUAUAGUAAUAAGCAGAAAAUAAUUCAACUGAAGCUACAUUUUUGCUUCGUAAAAUUGUUUCCUAAUCCCUGUUAUCUCCCAAACAAACCAGUAAUAAUAAUGAGCUUCGCUGCUCUUUCAUUGUAGGUGUCAUCGUGGCAAAAGUUCUGGGCGGGUCUUUGUGGAAACUGGCUUCAUUUUUUCCUUCCCAAGCACAGAACCUUUGGAAGACGGGACAGAGCCGCUGUAAGUUGUACUUAAACAUUCUUGAUAUUCUACUUAUUUCUGUAACGAAAAAUGUUAUAUAAGUACGACUAGUCAUUUUCCUCAAGGAUAGAGAGCACUCAAAAUACGCGAGCGCGCGUGAAAGGCGACAAUCGAGGGCAAGAUAGGUUCUCUCUUCUCUCUUUUGCGUGUCACCUUCCUCGCGCGUAACAAUUUUCAUGCACUCUUGUGUACUUUGCUCGCUUUAUUAAGAUUGCUUUCCAUGUACUGUCGCGUAAUGUUUUUGUGCAUGCGCACGUAAACAAAAUAGAGGCAACGCAUAAAGUGUCGCGCGUGAACGUAAAAGUUGAGCGAGGUUCAACUUUUACGUUUACGCACGACCUUUCAUAUAUGACUUCUGUUUUAUUUACGCGCAUAAAUUAAAUUUUACGCGGAUACGCACGUAAAAAUUACGCGACAGUGGAAAUCCACCCUUAUUCGUCAGGGAAAUGAGUGACUAGUCGAAGUCUAGAGAUUUGUUCAUCGACAAUGGUGGUUUAGGUAUGAUAGCUUCCAUCUAUCGUUUGCCUCACGAAAGUCACAUUGUCUUGACACCUUCCUAUUGGUCCGUACAGGGUGACUUUGCCCUUUGGAUCUGUGGGAUUAUUAGCAGCACCUUCCUGUUUUAAGUACUAGAAGCUGUUCUCUAGACGAUCCGCUGUGGUACCAAUCGGGCUCAAUCGCCUGAGGUAAAACAACAGAAAGUGGUCAAAGCGUCACCAUCGACAACAAAGUAACGAUCGUAAAACACGAUAAACGAACUCCAUCUCCUCCUUCGUUUUUUUUCGCUUUAAGUUCCCUGCAUUAUUGUCCCUGAUCUCAUUUCUGUUUUCUUUGGUUGGUCUUGUUUUUUUAGUUUAGAAGACAGGCUCACAAGAUGGUGAAUAUUACUAACUUCACGGUUGUUUUGCUGGAAGAUCCUCGUCACCAGGACACGUUUCAACUCACAGACGACACCAGAGGUGAGAUGACGCACAGUGAGUCAGUGCUACUUGUUGUUACGGCGGUUCCGUGAUUAAUUUACUCUUUGGCUCUUAGGAGUUCAAACGCAGAAAUUUACUGGACAAGUGCAGGACUGUCACUAAGAUUUUAAGUUGAUGGGCACAUGUAGUUAAUAGGCGGGGGAUUGAAAAGCUAGGAAGUUCUUUUGGUACCAUUUUCCUUUUGCUUCCUAUGGAAGAAGCCGGAGGUGGUGCUUAUAGUAGCCAGGGGGAAUCCCCGGCCCUCAGCCCCAAGCCCUUAUUGACAACUAUGCGACUGAAAUCUAAAUAUUGAAUUUCAUUUGUAAAAUACUGAAGAACUAAUACUGUAGUACUUUGUGAAAGAAUGAGAGCAUUGGAUUAAAUAGUCAAUCGUAUAAGAAUUUCACAGAUCUGGAACAGCGCAACGCAACUGACUUUCGAGGUGAAGGAACCCCCCUCCCCACCCCUCACGUGUACACAGGUGGUGGUGUGGUGAGUCAAAGGGUAGGACUCGUGGCUAUUUCUCUUUAAAAGGCUUUCCCCUAUAAAAUCCAACUUUAAGUGUGAGAUGCCAAAAAGCGGAUGUUAUUUGACAGAAACUUGACUACUGAGAGAUACCUCAGGUAGGUUUCAGUACGUCUCGUGCUAACAUAACUUUGUGUUGGGAAAAUGCAUAACCACCGUAAAAUCUCUCAAGGUUUGUUUUCGUGUGUCUAUUUUGUUCACAGGAAACGCAUACAAGUUUAAGGUAGGAUCUCAGUCUGCUGCUCUGACGUGGUACACAUAUGUGAGGCAAGCUGCUAAAGAGAAACCAGACCAGACGGUAAGCCUUGCUGUUUUCGCAAAUUGGCCUCAAGAAGGCACCACGGCCAAUCCCAUCCCCUAUCCUCAGUUUAUAGCUUUCUCGCGGUAGACAAGCGUUCGUCUCCUACGAAAAAAAACUGAACUUUGUUUGAGUUAGCACUGAAGAAUUAAUCAAGGACACUAUCGGGGCCGCCAUUUUACGUGAUCAUGCGAGCUACGCGAAGAUCUAACUGUUUGCAGUGCAAAGUCAGUACCUCCAUUUUUCAGUUAUUUUAAGACCUUGAGUAUUGGUCCGGCCCCAGGAAUCGAACACGUGACAUCCCGCAUUGCAGGUAAGCGCUCUACCUACUAAGCUAGUAGUGACACGCGUUUAUGUAUCCAACUUUACAUUUUAUUGCUUCUUAUUUCUCUAUGGCAUUCAAUUUGAACUCUUUUAUAUUUCUGGGACACUCCCUGCUGUCCACUGCUUCAUUGAGCUUCCCGCAGUUACACACUUUUUGGCGAUUGAAAAGACUCGUCAUUUUGUAUGUUCAAAAGCUUCAAUACGUGGGUGGAACCCGAGGUGGAAUGUCAUGCUUGUACAGUUACUGAACAUGUUUGCCCUUUUUUUGCAUCCAUUAUAGGUUCCACAGAACUUAAUUACAUUUGAAGAAAGCGAAGAACAACAAAGCUAACAGUAGCUCUAAAGGUGAAUGGAAAAUCCUACGCUCAGAGAAAGUGAGAUAAAAAGAAUGCUCCUGAUAGAUCACGGGGAAAGGAGGCAAAGGAGUCGGGCAUUGCCACAUGGGAUUAUCAGAGGCAUUGCUGUCAGCAGACACAUAGUUCCCGUGAUAACUGGUGAUUUGUAUCUACCAAAUACGGCUUUAAACAAAGAAUUUUUUGCGUCGGAGCCCUGACGCCAGAGAAGAUAUUCAAUCAAGUCUGCACAGCUUAUUUAUUCCCUAGUACGACAUCACAAAUGAGAGGAUUUUAGUGUGUUGCGCAGAUAUUUUGGUUAACCAGUGCCGCUUGAGGAUUCCCAAGCGGAGGGAAACGAGUUCAGUUUUAAACUUACGUUAGCUGGGCUGAUUUGGAAGCUUUAUUUGCCUAAGGAGUUUUAAAGUUUUUACGCUGCGUUUGAUUUGGUGGACUUGCCAGUUAACCGUAGCGCAGUUUUUGUUGUAGUCUCUAGACAAUAAGGGAAGACCUGUGUGGUCAUUGUGUAAAAAUUAAUAGCGAAAACAAAGUAUUGAAACCGGGGCGUAGCUAAAAAGAGGCAAGACUUAGCACUAGUCUAAUCAAGACUUUAACUUGGCCCGAUUACCGGCCGCUGUUCGGGAAAUGAGUCCGCGCUCUUCCCCUCGAAAAGACGUUCCUAAGACGAUCAUUAUACGUUUGUGGGAAACUGCCCACCUACCCCUCCCCUAAGCCAACAUUUUGCCCUAGGUGAGUAGUAAGUGUUAAUAUUGGCUUAGGGGAGGGGUAGGUGGGCAGUUUCCCAUAAAACGUUUAAUGAGCCAUAAUCCCCCAUUAGUGAGGUUGAUGUUUAUGAGGAAAUACCUUAUGAUCAAUGCUGAAAAAAGCCUCUCAGAGUUUUCAGAUUCAAGAUUUUCUGGGAGCCUCCAGACUCACCUAGCAGCUCGCGCCUUCAAUGUUCGCAUAUCUUGCCUCGUCUAUGAGGUCUAGCCACCGCUCUGGAAACAUUUGUUUGUUAAAAAACUUAAAUCACUAGUUCAUUGCGUUAAACUGCAUUCAUAGCUAUUUCUUGAAGAUUUUAUUUAUGACUUUCAAUUCAGACGUUUUAUAUUUGAGGACCCAUUUCAGUGCAAACGGAAAUUUCCAAAAUGAUGGGUUAUGAAUUGCCUUAUUUAUAUUUUAGGGGUACACUGAUUUAAAUGAUCUGAUUCCUCUAUUUGCAAAUACAUGCUUGCGAGUAACUGAUGUAAUGUGCGGUCGUCCAGUUUUAUAGGCAAGGAGAUGCCGAAGAGGAAGGGCAGU